GUUGAAUGGUCCUAAGGCACAGUGUGUCCCGCCAUUGAAGCCCGAGUUUAGCUUCACCUACAGCUUCUUCCUCCUUCUCUUGCUCUUUCAACCUACCUCAAUGACUGCCUUCUCGCUCGCUUCCUUCACUUUACCAUCGCCAUGCCUUCUUCUUCGUUCUCGUUCCUCUGUUCCAUUCACUCGCAACCAUUUGCAGGCUUCAGUGAUGCGAAAUUGGAAAGUUGGAGCGUUUUCUUUCAAUGGCAGUGAGAGGAAAAAAUUGGUGUCUGCAGUCGAUCAAGAUGGUCUGACAGAUAUUCUGAGAACUGCAAAUCCUUACAAAGUUAAGGAAGAUGAAGAUAAGGCAGAGCUUGAAGCUCUGUUGCAAAACGGUAGUUGUGUAAAAGAAGCAUGGUCUCAAUUUGCCCAGAGAGUCUCUGGUGAAUGGGAUGGAUUUGGAGCAGACUUCUCUAAUGAAGGGAAGGCUAUGGAAUUACCAGAUUUGGUAGUCCCUGAAGCAUUUCGGGAGUGGGAGGUUAAGUUAUUUGACUGGCAAACUCAAUGUCCCACUCUUGCUGAAUCAGAGGAGAACAUUCUUAUGUACAAGAACAUUCUGUUGGUUCCUACUGUUGGUUGUGAGGCCGAUGCAGCCACAAGAUACAAGGUGGAUCAAAGGCAAGUGGGAGGAGUAAAUGGUGGGGUUACUGCCUUUGCUUAUCAAUCCAGUGGAUCUUAUGUUGCUGUCUGGCAGAAAGAGGAUGAACUUUUGGAGCUGGAAUACUGCUUGAUCAAUCCUCAAGACUGUGAGUCACGUGUGAGGAUCAUUCAAUUUGUCCGUGUUUUGGAUCACACAAACAUGGUGCUGCAGAGAAUCAAAGUAUUUCGUGAGCAUUGGUAUGGACCAUUUAGGAAUGGUGAACAACUAGGAGGUUGUGCCAUCCGUGAUUCUGCAUUUGCUUCUACUGAUCCCAUGGCUGCUUCACAAGUCGCUGGUAUUUGGCAUGGGUCCAAAUCUGUUGCCACAAUUGGCACUUCAAAUACUGGGAUCUUUCAUGAACUUUCGGGUGACAACAUUCAGAACUGUGUCAGAGAUGGAUGCGUUGAGAUAUUACUUCCUAAACAAUUGUGGUGUUCAUUUAAGCAAAACAAGGAUGGUGAAGCUCUUAGUGAAGUGGGUUGGCUUCUAGAUCAUGGACAGGCAAUCACAUCAACCUGCCUAUUUUCAAGCACUGCAAAGCCCAAGGCAAGCUACAAAUAUGAAAUAUCCAUAGCAUUAGAAACAAAAGGUUUGAAAGAUGUGUAGCAGUGGUGGCAAUCCAUUCAGUUUCAGAAUUCAGAUCCAUACCUUAUUUACAGUGAACAUUAGUCUUGGUUCAGCACUAGACAAGCUCAACCACAUAAAUGUUACCUUGAAUUUCACUUAACUCUCACAUAAUGUAUACAAGGUUCAUUCACCUUAUCCAUCUAUAUAAUAUGUUCCCCAUCACUUCUGAACUCUCUGUUUUAUACUUGAUUACAUUUGUGUCAUAAAUUUUCACUCUGUAAUCGAAAUUUUCAGGAGAUUAAUAAUAGUGUGAAGAUAUGCUGGACAAUGUUCAAGGUUC